GCUCAGGGGAACCUUUUCCAAGACUUUCUUCAUCUGUCGGUUAACCGUUCGAUUCCCGCACGAGCCCUUGACUCGUGUGGAGAUACUGUAACGAUAACGUCGCGCGUCAUUCCGAUUCAAAAUUUGGCAACAACAUUUGUGCUUUAUCACUAAGCUUCAUGUGUUGUAAAACGUUACGCAAGUCUGUUUUCUAAAUUAUUAGAAGUUUGUCAACAGGACAAGUCCCAGUGGAAAGAAGGAAGAAGUGAAGACAGAAUUUGCAUCUCGGAUGAAAAAGUGAGGCUGGUGAUCCAGAAUGGAAGAUUUCAGGCGGACAUAUCUGCGUCUGUGUAAGGAGGGAGGUGUGGAGCCCCAGGAGAGUGUUGUGGCCCAGCUCCAGGAGAACAGGACUGCUCAGGGCUCCAGACUGGACCUGAGUGGACAAAGUCUGUCUGUGGAUACCUGCUCUGUGCUGGCAAGGGCCUUCCAAAAAGAUAUCACCUUUACAGAGGUGUUGCUUAGUGACUGUAUGCUCAGCGAGGAAGGUGCCAAAGUUCUCCUGAUUGGACUGUUUGGCAACACAGCUGUGAAAACCCUGGAUCUGAAGGGAAAUAACCUGAGAUCAGCAGGGGCUGAGGUGUUGGGAAAGUUGUUGGCAUGCAACAAGACUCUGCGUAGGCUGGUGUUGGAGUGGAAUGCCUUGGGUGUGUGGGAUGAGGCCUUUUCACUUUUUUGUGAGGGUCUGGCCUCCAAUAGCAUGCUGAUGGAGCUGGACCUGCGCAACAAUCAGAUCAACCAUCAUGGAGCAUCUGAGCUUGCUCUGGCACUCAAACGCAACACCACCCUGGAGGUGCUAGAUCUGAGGUGGAACAACAUUGGUCUGCUGGGUGGCAGGUCUCUGCUAGAGGCUUUACAAAAAAACAAGAGCAUAGUACAGCUAGAGAUGGCGGGGAACAAUAUUCCCAGUGAUACACUCAAAGCACUUGAGCAGACCACAGAGCACAACUCAGACAGACAAUCCACCCUCAGAGAGAGCCGCAGCAGGACACAGGUCCUCACCACAGAGAUUCAGACACUGAAGGACAAGAAGGGCCGCCAGCUCCUCAGCCUGAUGGAAACCAUAGACAGACAGAGGGAAGAAACAGGACGCUCAAACAGAUCCACUUCCAUUCAGAUAGGCCGACUCCAGGAAGCUCUGAAUGAGAGGAAGUCAGCUGUCAACUCUCUCACUGCCAAACUGCAGAUGACCGAGGCUGCCCUUGCCCUCUCUGAGCAGAAAAAUCACAACAUGGGAGAACUGCUGACUCAAGUGAAGGUUGAGAAAGAAGAGCAGUGGGAACGCCAGAGCAGAGAGAGGAAGAAAGAACAAGAGGACUGUGUGCACAGAGAGGGCAAACUCCUCAGAGAGGUCCAAAACUUGUCCGAAACCAACAUCCAACUCAAGAGUAAAGUGGAGGAGAUGGAGCGCAGGUGCAAGUCUCAGCAGCACCAGAUCUUUGAGCUGAAACAAGAACUGACCAACAACACAGCUGAGCUAAAGCUGCGACUAGCACAGGCAGAGGACCGUCUGGAAACAGAGAAACGAAGGUCCAAACAAGUCCUGGAGGACAUGGACAAUCUCCGACAGAAAGAGGUGGAGCAUGUGAAUCGACAUCUGGAGGAAAGUGAGAGAACUCUGCAAGAGCGCAUCUUCAAACUGGAGGGACAGCGGAUACAACUGGAAGAGGAGCUGAUUAAGGCUAAAGCACUGUGUGUGUCAGAGAGGGCCCAAGCAGAGGAGGAACUGGGAAGAGUGCGAGCUCAAGUGCGCCUGGAAGAGCAGGAGCAUGUGUCAAUGUUAGAGGAGAAGCUUCGCUCGGUGCGUUCUUCCCUGCAGGAGGUCCAGCACCACUGCUCCCAGCAAAAGCAGACCAUCUCUGAGCUGCAGGCUAAAACCGGUCAGCAGAGUGUCGAGAUGGACGGACUGCGGCGCAGGAUAGAGGAGCUCCAGCAG